GCACAAUCCUACAUCUUCAAUACCUUCAGAUAAAAUUUCAGGUUGAUCCCCCCCUCAUCAUCACGAUGAAGGACCCUGUAAUAACGUGACAGGAUCCAGCUGAACCCAAAGCGAGCAGCAGCAGCAGAGCAUCAGUGAACUUAUGAUCAGGCUGUGAUGCACACGGGUGACGCUGCGCUCCUGUAGUCGCAUAACCAAAGACUGGCGUGGGAUCGGUCCCUGCUGCGCCUCAUCUGGAAUAACGUCGGGAAAAUCCAGAAAUUUCAUUAGCGGGUGUGUUUUUUUUUUCAAAGGAGGCGAGCAGUGUUGAAAAUAAUCCCUUUUGGGCAAAACGUUUCCAUCGGAAGGCGGUUUUCUGUACUUUGCAGAAGCCAGAGCAGAUUUAUUCCGAUAGAGAAUCACCAAAUAUAGGCUGUAAUAAGGUAAGAAGAAACUGCUGCACAUGUCCAUGUCAUGUGUUAUGUGUCACUAUUAGGUAAUAGAUGCAGUGGAUGCUUUUUCUGAACGUGUCACGCUUGAUUUUUGGUAUUUUCUUGCUGUUUGAAUGAAUGGGAUCGAGAAGAGGGGCUUGCACACGGACACCUGCGCAUCCCUUAAAACAAACCCCCCUGCGUUUUGCCUGGAAACAAGAAGAAAACACACAAAAAAACAAAAGACAGUGAUUAUUUUGUCACCAUUUGGGUAAAUAUCAUCGAGUAUGGCGCAUUAAUUGGCGUUAAAUGUGGCUGUGUGGUGGGGGCUUUCUUGCGUUUUAAAAAUAGGUCUGGUUGGUUACGAAAUUUGGAGGGUUUUUUUUCACCCCAAUGCGCAUGCAAAGAUGUCAUUAGCAGCGGGAUGGUGGGAUCUAAUCUGAGAAUCCUCUCCUCACUGCGUCGUUUCCAUCGGAAUGCAGCAGCGUCUCCCUCUCUGCUCCGCACAGGAGGCGGUUAGCUUUAAUAGCAUUAACUCAGAUGUCAUUGCCCAAAGCGAGAAAUAAAACAGCAUCUGGUGGCCUCUAUUUGGCCACAACGACUCAUUCAUACUCGUGGCCUGUGCGUUAUGAGGCGCAUUUUUCGCCAAAAUAAAAACAGACGGCGCAGUGUACACGAUGUCGAGUCGUUUUGUUUGCUCGUGGCUCCGUCAAACAAUUUCGUUUUGUCAUCUUCCUGCAAAAUGUUUGUCCUCAAGGUCAUUCACUGCAGCCUGGUUUGGAGAUUAAACCCUCCAUCGGAUCCUUUAAUUAACAGCCAGGCUCGGCAGGACUGGUUAUGUGAUAAGCAGCGGGUGCAUAUGAAACACUGUGGUUUGCACCGAUUUUGGCUGCGGCGCAUAUUUCUGCUGUUUGUUGUGUGAAGGCCUGAGUCAAUGCAGUGCUGUGUGUGGUGGAGCUGCUCAGCCUGCUGUCAUGCUGCUGCUGCAGAGAUGUGGACCAUAUGUUGGUCUCAAGUGGAUCCCUCAGUGUGUCUUAUUUGGUUAGGAUUAUGCAAAUCCUCUCCUGCUGCCUCAUUUGUUCGAUUAUGAAUCGAAAAUUGAUGCAUUUUUCACCACUUUGUGCCAUCUGAGUUAUGAGUCAAUCAUUUAUGAAUGUGGGAUUUCUCUGGUGUGGAUGCUCAAGCUGCCAUGAUGCCUACUGAGGCCCUUCGGUGCCACGAUAAUCUGCUCUGAUUAGUCUGCACAUCGCCCACAACUGGCUCAAAAACUAUAACAUUUACAGGGCUGCGAGUUAUAAGCUAUAUUCCUCUCUGAUCCAGAUUACUGCAGACCGCUGUCCUCACUCAGGUCUGUGGAUUUACUGCAGCAGGGGCCUCUCUUACAACCAAGCGCAGGCUUUGUUGUCAUUGUCAGGUUAUGGAACAGUGUUUGCAAUGGAAACUUGAUAGUAGUGAUCGAACAUUUGAUGAACUGGAUCUGCUCUGACAGUGGCGAUCCAGGUCAGUGUUACCCGGGCUGGAGACUGGCACAAGCAGGAUGCAGGGACAGAAAUAGAACAGAAGCACCAGGGAAAUAUUUGCAGCCUAACCUCUCUUCCUCCAAAAACACUUGAAUUUAGUCUCUUUGCUCCUGCUCUACGAGGAAAUAAAACAGGACCGUUUUCAUGCUGUGCAGGAGAUUUCUUUUUUUUUUAUACUGCCAUCGUUCGAGCAUAGAUAAAUGCAUUAUUCACGUGUUCUUGCACCACAGGAACCAUGGGAAAGCAGAACAGCAAGCUGACUCCUGAGGUGAUGGAGGAUCUGGUGAAGAACACAGAGUUUAAUGAACACGAGCUGAAGCAGUGGUACAAAGGCUUCCUGAAAGACUGCCCCACUGGCAGGCUGAAUCUGGAGGAAUUCCAGCAGCUUUAUGUCAAGGUUUGUGUCAAAUCAACACCUCUAAUUAUUUCUUUCUUCUGCAUCCAUCAGAGAAGUCAUGUAUGAUACGUCGUGGCUCAUUCGCACCUUAAAAGUUGUUGAAUUAUUGAGCGCAUCUCUCUCGCAUUUGCAGUUCUUCCCGUACGGCGAUGCAUCCAAAUUCGCACAACACGCCUUCAGAACCUUUGACAAAAACGGAGACGGCACCAUUGAUUUCCGAGAGUUCAUUUGUGCUCUGUCCAUCACAUCCCGUGGCAGCUUUGAGCAGAAACUGAACUGGGCCUUCAACAUGUAUGACCUGGAUGGUGACGGCAAAAUCACCAGAGUGGAGAUGCUGGAGAUAAUCGAGGUGAGGGAUUAUGGAGUCAUUAAGCUGGGGCUCAUCAGGGGACUGGUUUUGCUGUUUUUUUGGUGUUAUCAGCCCUCUGCACACACCUGCCAUUCACUGAGUCCAGCUUCUCACGGAUAUAACUGCAGUGGUAUUGAAUUGCAUUGAGCCGUUUGUGGAAAUGCUAUCAGUGCGGUGCAUCUGAUAUGUCACAGCGAGCAGAGUAUAUUGGCCAUUUCUGUCGUGAUGAAUUUAACGUGGACUCCAUUCCUGUCUUUUAAACUCGGCUAUAAGCAUAUUAGACUGAUUUUAGUACCACUUCAUGAGCAGCUUAGGCCUUAGCUUCAUAUUUACUGAGUGCAGUUUCUUCGUAAAAACGGUUGUCUUACUGGUUUUGCAAGUCUACAAGUCAAGGUUGCUGUGGUCAACUUUGCAUUCAACACAUUUCAAGAGCCAAAAGUUUAAAGUUUGUUCUCAAGUUUUCAUAAGCUGACAGCUGAAAUUUCUUGAAUCUCGAGCAAACAGUUUAACUGUUAAUGCAUUUUUCUGCUUUCCGUGGUUUAUCCCUCACAUUUAGCUUUACUUUUUUUACUUAAAUGUUCUCCAUCUGACAAGUUUUCUUGACUUGCAACACAAAGCAGUUCACAUGUGCCGCUUGAUAGGGAGCCAAUGUUUUUCUACUCGAAAGAAACCCAUUACACCUUUUUCCUUGGCACAAAUACACAACAUUUAUACUUUUAAAUACAUGCAAAAUUCAGCAUUAGCCAAGUUAAAUUCAUUUGAUAAGGUCUCACACUCUUUAGUAUGAAAAACCACCCCCCAGGUUAUAAGUACCACUCGCUGUGAAUCACUGAUCUACAUCUUUAUGAACAAAUGAAAAAUCGCUAUGCUCCACUGGGUUACAUAAGAAGCAGUCUUGUGCUAAUUUCCCACUGCAACUCACCCACAGGCAAUCUACAAAAUGGUGGGUACUGUGAUCAUGAUGAAGAUGAACGAGGACGGUUUGACACCAGAGCAGAGGGUGGACAAGAUCUUCAGCAAAAUGGAUAAGAACAACGACGACCAGAUCUCAUUGGAGGAGUUCAAAGAGGCGGCGAAGAGCGACCCGUCCAUCGUGCUCCUGUUGCAGUGUGACAUGCAGAAGUGAGCCCUCCCUGCUCGCUCCUCUUCCCCGUCUGUAAUCCACACACUCUGGACAGCAGCACAUGUUUUAAUGUCUCAUUAGGUUCUCUGCCAUUUCCACAGGAAAAAAAAACAAUGCUUGGACUAUUUUUCAAUGGACUCGCUUCUUGUGGUUGUAUGCAUGAGAAUGUCAAAUGCUGAAUAAUUUUGAAUAUAGCUAUAAGAUAUCAUACAUUUCUAUUUCGAAACAUGCCGACGUGAUUUGUGCACAGUAACCCUAUACAUCCUCAUCCAACCUUAGCUUGUAUAUCAGUGGAGCACUGCAUUAAAUUAUGUUCCUGCAGUAUUUAGGAUCCCCCAGUGUUCACUGCUGCAACUACUGUACGCUUUACAUAAUAGUAACAAAACAAUAAUUCCUAUGAUAAUUGUAACUGUCUCUACUAUCCAGACUUGUUGAGCUCUUGGAGAAUAGAGAGGCUCCUGUCUGUUCCAGAUGUUUUCACAUGAUGGAACCAAGAAGAGUAGGUUCUUUGCAUGCAUAUAUUAUGUGUCAAAAAAAAUAUAAUCUCUUACCUUUUGCAUCUUUAGGUGGUUAUAAAAGAGAAACCCUCCAGAAUUCAUUUAGUAUUGUUGCAUGGGAUGUACAGUAUGUGACUCAUCAGACUCUCAUUGUUCACCUCCAGUAACGUGGGAGCAUGCUUCCCUCCAUUUGAAACACGUGUAUGUGUGACACUUGAGUUUUUUCGGAGUAUAUUUGGGUUGCAGUUGUGGGCCAAUCUCCGAGGGAGAGCUUUCACGUGAACGUUGUGUUCUGUUUUGCUUCAGUGACUUCUAGGAUGAGCAGAAAUACAUAUAAAUGGACCAGCUUUUCUUUAUGAAUUUACAGUACUGCCGCCGCUUUAACUAGAGGAAAUUACCGCUGUCAUUAGGCACAGUACUCAUUCAUUAUUCCCCACAAAUGAUCCAAAUUGGCUUCUUAUACCGGCUGCUUCUUUGACUUAGACUUAAAUGACUUAACUCAGUACAUAUCAACAUGUUUACAAGAAAGAAAGCACUGCUAAAUGAGUACAGUCUUGGCUUUUGACCUUAUUGCUGGGAGCUCGCUCUCUUGGCCGGGGACCUCAUGAGAGGAGCGCCACUUCCAAUGCAGCAAAAAAAAAAAAGAAAAAAGAAUAAAAAAGAAAAGGGUUUAAAAAGCCUCCUAUAUGUUUACUGGACACACUGCAUUCCUACUUAAAAAAAACUUUUUUGUAAGGAGAAACUUUUUAUUGAAAGACCUCAUCUUCUGAUCUAUUCCGUUUGCAACAAUCAUUAAAGAUGUAGGACCCUCAAGAGAGGUGUUAGACAGAGCUUUUGGAGGAGCGUCUCACAAUGAGGGACGAUAACCGGGUGAUGACGAGGGUUUAAACCUGUCUCAGAAAUUCUCUCUCAACAGUUUUGUUUCCCGAGUUUUAGGCUAUGCAAGCACGGACUGAGAGUCUGCUUGUAGUCCACUUACACUAGUGGAGGUUGCAGAAGCUUUUCACUGUUCUGUCUUUAACUUAAAACUGAAACCAACCCUCACAUUAUUAACGUCUAUAUUUCUUUAUACAUUUGAGUUCAGUCACUGGUUCAGUCCAAUUCUUUGUCUAGUAAAUGUUUAUAUCAAAUAUGGAAAAUCAUAAUACAAGUGACUGUAUUCUUUUAUACAUGUGGCAUGUGUUGCACCCAAAAAUAAUUCUGUAGUGAUUAAAAUGAAUAAACCAUCACCAGGCUUUUUCAAAAGACACAGUGGAGCAGGUGUAAUUCAUGCAAAUAAGAGCUGCAGACUUGAAGAGUGUGUUGAUGUGGAUGAACGGAUGAGACACCUGACUUAAUCGCCAAUUGUGUGUGUGCAGAAGUGUGAAGAAUACACAAGAAUUUCGCUUUUCAAAGAGGUUUAUGAUAUUUUUCUUUUGAGGUUUUAACAGUACUGACACAUGAAUACUAGAUUAAUCUGUCUAGAUAUGUGGUUUUAACAAGAGAGAGGACUAAACAGAGCAAAUGUUUAUACCACAAAGAACAAGGAUGGUUAGUUUUAAUGUCUGGAUAUGAGUUAACUUUACCAAUAAUUUGAUAUUUUAUGAGACUAAUAACACUGUUAAGUUCAUAGCGUGAAAGUGUUACAACAAGCCAAAAUGUAAACUACAUAUCACUUUUAGUACUACAUAUUUAAAAUACUACAAGGUAAAAUAACUCUAGCAGCUACAUACAUUUCUUUGAAUAGUGUCUACUGUAUCUCAUAAGAGCAUAUAAAAGUGACCAGGGCCUGACUUCUCACUAAAAGAUCACCAACACCAAAGUACAACACCUAAAUCCAGCUGUGAAUGUGCAUGAAAAGGAGUGCAGGAGCUUUAAGUCCCAUGCUGUUUUUGACAACUGAACUAUUAACGACAUUAACGAGAGAACUCAAAAUUAGUAGAACAGCUUUGUGGAGAUUUUUGUUGGUAAGAAUUCCGAAAGCAAACCCUCUCUGACCAGGACUAGUUAAAAUACUUUUUGAACUUUGAGCAGCAGUAAUAUAAACUUUUUUUGUAUGAGAUUUUCUUCAUAUUUUCCCACUACAACAACAAACAACAGGGAAAUAACACACACAGUAGCAUCUCCUGAACACAUACAGUAAUACUGAAAUAUAAAUGACGGCUUGACUGCGUACGUAAAAAUUCCUUAUGUCUCACUCUCACUCUUAAAGGUGGGGUAGGCAGGAUCUGAGGAAGUGCCAGUUUUGGGGAGAAAUGUAAACUCUACCCCUCCCAACCAGUUUUCCCCUCAGCGCCUCCUUUCCCCUUCCUCUCUGCUCCAGCAAGCCCCGCCCACAAACAGACGCUCCUGCUCGCUCGUAUCGUUCCAAUUAAAUUCAGAUAUAAUGCAGAUAAAUAAUUAAGAUCAUUACAAAUGGAGCCCAGUCAACGUGAAAGUAAACAGCAUUGGUGCUACUGUAGAUGCCAACAGACGACCAGCAAACACAAUGUUUGCAGGACUUCUACAACUAGGAUAAAGUGACACACUCUAGAACCCGAGGUCAACAGUUUAGCAACGCCAAAAAAAAAAAAUUUCUGUACUUUCUGGUUGGUUUCUACUGUCCGAUAUUGUAGCACGUUAACUUUGUUUGGGCUCCUGAACGACACGGGGGAGCAGCGUCUGCCUCACAACCAAUCAGCAGUAAGGAGCAGCGUCCGCCUCACAACCAAUCAGGUUGAGGUGGAGAACGGCUUUGUUUACGGUUAGAAAGAGCGGAGCGCUCUGAAAUUUUAAUAUGUUGACUACACAGACAUAACAAAACACAGCGAUAUCGAUAUAUUACCAAAUGUCAUCAAUAACUAAUAGCUAUUGAUUGAUAUUAAAAGCUUUUUUGUAGAUACGCCACAAAAAAAGAUGCUUCUUUAACGGAUUCCUGCCUACUACACCUUUAACAUCCUCAUCCUGUGUUUCCCCCUGAACUCAUUCUGUGAAAUACACUGAAAUUCAAAUAUCUGCAUAUAAACGGUCAUGAUAAUAA